UGUCAGUGUCACUCCCGUACAUUAAUUGUUUUUGGAUUUCCUCUACCGAUUUUAACCAGUUUUAAUGUCUUUUUCAAUUAAAAACCUAUCAAGAAUAGCGAAGCAAUGUUACAAAACCUACAAAGAUAUGACUGAAAACAGUUAUCGGAAACUGCAGAUGUGCGGUACGGAGGAAGAGAUGCGUGAUGUGGCGGCCAGGAUCUGCAGGAACUAUCUCCACGGAGCCUGGAAGACGGUGGACCCCUCGGAGCUGGACUUCAAGAGGAUCAGUGGCGGGCUGUCAAAUUUCCUGUACUACGUGGCGCUGCCAGAUGACUUGUCCAAGGCCAAGCUGCGUGAGUCCGUGUCAGUGGAGGACCCCAGCUAUAUGGGGGGCGUCAUGAGCAGGUCGUUCUCUGGCGAGGAGCCUAAAAAGGUCUUGCUCAGGAUAUACGGCCAGGUUCAUGGUCAACGGGCCAUGGACGCCAUCGUGACAGAAUCCGUCAUUUUCACGCUGCUGUCAGAGAGGCGGCUGGGGCCCAAGCUGUGGGGUGUGUUCUCUGGGGGCAGGAUAGAGGAAUACAUUCCUGCGAGAUCCCUCCUCACAAAAGAGCUCGCCGAGCCGGCGCUAUCCAUGAAGAUAGCCGAGAAGAUGGCCGCCAUACAUUCCAUGGACAUACCGUUGUCGAAGGAACCCAACUGGCUGUGGAAGACCAUGGGCAAGUGGAUAAAGACCGCUAAAGAGGAGAGGCUCACGGGGACCGGCAAGAACGAAGAGGAGAAUAACAUCAUCAAGCGGCUGAGAGCUGUAGAUUUUGAGAAGGAGGUGGAAUGGCUGAAGAAGUUCCUGUCGACAGUCGAUUCUCCCGUUGUCUUCUGCCACAACGAUUUGCAGGAGGGUAACAUUCUGUUACUAGAAGACGUGCACACAGACGAAGAACCAACAUACAGACUACACUCAUACCAAGAAGACAGUCCCAGAAAGUCUUUCGACCCCUUAUCGCAGUACGAAGAUGCGAACACAGUCGACUCUGAAUCCAGCCACAUCUCAGAUUCAGGGGAACCGAAGCUCGUACUGAUAGAUUUCGAGUACUGUGCUUAUAACCACAGGGGGUUCGACAUAGCCAACCAUUUCCAAGAGUGGGGCUAUGACUAUACGAACCCCGAGCACCCUUAUUAUUAUGAGAAUCAGGAGAAUCAUCCGAAUUUGGAGCAAAAGGAAAUAUUCAUCCGCGAAUAUCUAAAGCACUACAACUACUAUGCCAACGACGCGAAGGACGCAACGCCAUCUAUCGACGACGUGAAUCAUCUGCUCAACGAGGUUGACGCGUUCACGAUCGCGACGCAUCUGAUGUGGUGUCUGUGGUCCAUAGUCAACGCCAGUAAAAGCCAGAUCCCCUUCGGUUAUUGGGAAUUCGCCAUGACCCGGCUCGAAUCGUACAUCCGGAUGAAACAGGAAGUGAAGAAAGAUAAAUUCGGUCCACAGAAGAGAAAGAUCUGCGAAGUGGACAUAUGAGUGCAGUGCGACACGCUUUCAGUGGAAUCCUUGGACGUUUGAUAUUUUAAUAUUGUACAAAGAAUUUAUUAUACUUGGGGCAUACUGAAAAUUCCUGGACUGGCCACUUAGAAAAAUAAGUCGUCUUCAUAUAUCAGAAACCCGAAACUUUCAGUGUGGCCCACGUGAUAGAGUGGUAAAGUCUAAGAAAAUAUACUCUAAGUAUGACAUCAAAAACAGAUGGCGCCAUCUGUUUUGCGGUCACUGAAUUGUCAAUCAGACACGCAAUGCGACACGCUUUCGGUGGAAUCCUUGGACGUUUGAUAUUUAAAUAUUGUACAAAGAUAUUGAUAGAGAGGUUAAGUCUAAGAAAAAAACCCUAAGUUGUCAUCGAAAACAGAUGGCGCUAUUACAGCGCCAUCUGUUUUGCGGUCACUGAAUUGUCAAUCAGAGUUACCGCUUAACACAUUCAUUGCCAAUAAGUGCUACGGGUUACGCUCGUAGCGCGUAGCCACGUCUUUGCCGUAUGGAGCGCGUAGUCGCUACGAACAGUGUACCCGACAGUCGGGUUCUUGGCGCUGAAUGUGAUAAUGUAUGGAGCUGUACAGCGCCAUCUCGUUUACCUGUCAAAUUGGAAGCGCGACAAUUAUCUUAGAUUUUACGCAUCUUAAUCAAUGUAUCUUUGAUAUAAUGCACCAAUACCAGUAAGGCAACUUAGCGGCACUUGCACUAUCCCGCUAACCCGGGGUUAAGCGGAUAAACCGACCCAGUGUCGAAUUGUACUGGAAACCAUGGCAACUCCAGGUUUAACCAGUUAACCCCGGGUUAGUGAAUGGUGCAAGUGGCCGUUAGAAAAAUAUACCAAACUGUCUCCGUCUUCGCGCGGUUGUAGCUAAAACGGUCAAUGUGGCUAAUUUCGUCAUAGGGACUAUUCCGUCCACUAGCAUUUUUCUCGAACAACGAACAACAUUGAUAAUUUCGUCUAAAAAGCAGCGAUUGCUUUUAGUUUCGGCAAUCAAACUCAAAUGGUUUUUUUCCCUACGAUUGAAAAUCAAAGACACGCUCCUGGACGGAAUAGUCCCUAUGACGGAAUUAGCCACAUUAUAAAAAAAUCGCUGGAAACACCUUGAUGUAUUUAUUUGAAAUCGACUGCGAUAUGUCAACCAAAGCACUAAGGCAUGGAACCGUUUUUUUUUUAAUUCCAAAAUAGCCCAAUUUUUUAAUUAUUUUAUGGUCUUUACGUGGGACUGAAUCAUGUAUAGCAACUUCGUAUUAAUUUAUUGUCCCAUUAAAAAUGAAAUAAUAAACCAAAGAACGAAAAAUAACGUAAAAAUACCGGUAUUUUUUGUAGUGAAGAAAAAACCGGUUCCGAGCCUUGCAAAGCACAUAAACCGGUUCCGAGCCUUACAAAGCACAUAAUACGAAUAGAAGGGACGUAAUUUUAUCUUAAUAAAGAUUUAAAACAAA